AUGAAUGGGAUUGGAGUAGAAAUAAUAUCCCUGGAAGAAAAAGAAGCACAGCUGCUAUCGAAGCAAAAUAAAGGAGAUGAUAUGAAUGGCGAAGGAGAACAUCGAUAUGGAAUGGCCAGUGGAUAUAAUUCAUGGCUUAGUAUUUUUCGAAUGUUUGACACGAAUUACGAUGGUUAUAUAGCAACGCAUGACCUGAGACGAUUUGUUCGUAAUUCGACAGCUUCAUUCGGAUUGUCUAGGAAGGAAGCGGACGCUUUAUUGCGAAAUAUUGAUAAAAAUGGUGAUCGUGUAGUCGAUUUUGCUGAAUUCUGUACCCUGAUGAGCCGGGCUAAAAAGUUGCGCAUGCGGCAUAUAUUGUUUCGAGCGGCACAAAUGGUGGUACCGCAGAGCAGUCGAACAGUACCAUUCAAUUAUUUACAGCAAUACAACUGCUUCCCUCCACCACUUUUCAUGAUCUGUAUAUCUAUCUUGGAGGCAAGUUUAUAA